AUGGCUCCACCAACUUAUUCUGAUAUCUUUAAAGGUACUAAUGAUUUAUUAAACAAAGAUUUUUAUCAUUCAACUCCUUUAGCCUUUGAUGUUAAAACUGUUGCUAAAAAUGGUGUUCAAUUUACUCUAAAUGCAAAACAAUCAGUCAAAAAUGCACCAUUAUCAACAACUCUUGAAUCAAAAUUAUUAGAUAAAUAUAAUGGUGUAUCAUUAACUCAAGGUUGGACAAAUAAUAAUACUUUGAAGAGUAAAAUUGAAAUUACUGAUUUAACACCAGGUUUAAAGACAGAUAUAAUUACAUCAAUUAAUCCAAAUAAUGUAUUAAUUGAUGAAAAAAAAAAUUUAAAUAUUAAUAUUGAUUAUAUUCAACCUUUAUUUACUGCAAGAGGUAAAUUUAAUUUAUUAAAUGGUCCUCCAAGUUUUAAUGGUGAUUUAACUUUUGCUAAAGAAGGUAUUGUUGCUGGUACUGAGUUACAAUAUAAUAUUAAUGGAGGUACUAUUUCAAAAUAUGGUUUAGCUUUGGCUUAUUCUGCUUCUGAUUAUUCUAUUGGUUUAUCUAUUGAUAAUAAACAAUUUACAACUUUAUCAUGUAAUCAAACUUUAAAUGAUACUUUAUCAAUUGGUACAAAAGCAACUUUAAAUUCUGUUAUUAAUGCUCAAAAAGUUAAUUUAGAAUUUGCAACAAAAUAUAUUUUGGAUCAAACAAAUCAAGCUCAAGUUAAAGCAAAAAUCAAUGAUGCAGGUAAUUUAGCUGUAUCUUAUAAACAAUUAUUAAGACCAGGUAUUACUUUAGGUGUUGGUUCUUCAUUUGAUGCUUUGAAUUUGAAUGAACCUGUUCAUAAAUUAGGUUGGUCUUUAUCCUUUAACGCUUAG